AGACAUGUUCGCAGAACAUUUGCACCGUCGACAAUUUUUUUAUAGGGACAAUCAAGUGAAAGUGUGUUUUUGUUUUUGUGAAACAGAUUUUUCGCCAGAAUCUUUGUAAAUUUGUGUGAAAAUGACUGAGGAAAUCGAUGACUUGGAGUUUUUUCAGCAGGAUUUUACCACAGCCAGCAAUUGGGAAAUUUUUACUGCGCGUCUCGAGGAAAUAUUCCACGAAUGGAAGCUUCCUUUUGUGUGUCUGGGAGAGAAAUUGUCCAGGAAUCAGCUGUCUCUCUGUGACUGGACAACAUGCCAGGAGAUUAUUAAUUUUGCAGAUGUGGAGAUGAAGAUUGUGAGAUUCACAGCAAAAUUGGGUGAUUCGGGAAAGAAUGAGAGUGUUGGAAAAGAUGAGGGCAGUCGUCAAUGUCAGGCAUUCAUGGAUCUCAUGUCCCUGGACAAUGAUUACAGUAUCCUGGAUGAGGAAGUGGAAGGGAGUAUGCAUCCAAUAGCGAGGUGGUAUGGCUUGAGGGAUUUUGUUGUUGUGGUAUCCACAAAACAGCCAAUUUACAAUGAGAGUCAGAUCCGGAUACUGCUCAGUUCUGUCCACAUUGCCGUGGCUGAGAGCAAUUGUGAGGUGCCCGUUUUCAUUGAGGUGAUUGACAAGAGUCAGACCUAUCCAAUUUUCCUGGGAGUCUGUGAAUUCCAGUCCACUCGCUUGUCUUUCGACGUGGUUCAUCUCCAGACAACUCCACCGCAGUUCAAGUAUCUCUCUGGACUCCUGGACAUGUUCAAGGGGAAGAUUGGGGUACAGUAUGAGGAUCCAGUGUCUGUCAGUGUUCGCCUCAGCUACAGACUCAAUCAAUUUGGAAGUGCUACUCGUUUUGGGAAAUGGAGCAAUUCUUUCGCGACAAAUCCCUUUGAUUUCCCCGAAGAUGACGAGCAAGCUCCAAAAGAUGAUCAGGAACCAUUUACCGUCCUGCCUUUUGGUGCCAUGUGUGACCCUGUCGAUGAACUGGUCAUCUACUGUACUUGGCCAAAUGUGGCAGAUAAUGUUGUCAUAGAUUCUCAAACUUACUCAGAUUUUGAUCCUCUGCUGGCUCCCAAAUGGUCCCUCAGAGCUCGCUAUCAGCCCCUUCCGGCAUGCUUUCUCUCAGAAGUUCUCAAGGAAUACCUCCACAAUCUCGAGGUCAUGACGACCUUAUCAGAACUCCUUGGAGAUUCAAUCACGUCGACCGGUGCAGCUUUCGGGGUAAAUCCUCUGGAUGUCUUGACAGAAUCAAAGAUUCCCAGUCUCUCUUCUGUUCUGCCCACGUUGUCUCGUCGCCGAAAAGACAACCAGAAAAGCAGUGGACCAAUCAGAGAUGAUCUCCUGAUGAAGAUGCUCUACUACCUCUUUCCGGACGCUCAAGAGAACUCACAACAUCCCUACAAUAUUCCAGAAAUUGAACCCUAUGAUCCGCUAAAGAUCAAAAGUGCUCCUCCGGAUUCACUCGUGCAUCGUCUCAGUGCCCUUCUAGCUCUGUGCCAAGAGUACUUUGGAGGCAAAAAGGCUGUUGCACAUCUCUGGAUGGAGUUUGCACAGGAGAUGAGAUAUCGCGUCGAAAGGUGCAUUCCUAUUCCUGGGAUUGGAAAUGGGUUUCCGGACUCUAGAACAUGUCUCAUGCAUCAGAAGCUUCAAAUGCUGAACAUUUGCAUGGAGAGACGAUGUAUACGCGAAGGUGGUCUUCCGUUUUCCCUAACCAGUGCUGAAAGUACAUCGAAAGGUGGCGGAAAUGAAGGAAGUGGCAAGAAGAAAAUUGAUGAUUCAGAAGAUGAAUUUUUCGAUUGUGCCAACGAUGAUGAUGAAGAUGAUGGACAACAGAAUCGCCAUGCUCCGUGGAAUAAACCUGAAGGGCGGCUAUCUCGUCUUGGUGAUAUGACUCUCGUAGAUUCAGAUGAGCCACUGUACAUUCCGGUAACGCAGGAACCAGUGCCAAAGACAGAAGACCAAUUGGAGGAUGAUGCUGAAGUGAUGCUGAAAUUGGGUCCUGGAAGUGAACUAGGCACACAAAUGAUGAGCGCUUCACUCCUAUCCGACAUGGAGAGCUUCAAAGCGGCCAAUCCAAAUGGAAAGAUUGAGGACUUUAUUCGCUGGUACAGCCCUCGUGACUGGAUUGAGGAUGCUACAGAUGAGGAUGAAGAAAAUGCCAACGCUGAAAGUGAACAGAAGAAAAAAGGGCAUUUGAGUUCUCGGAUGAUGAUCCCCGGCAAUACUUGGAGCAGUGUUUGGGACUCUGCUAAACCGGUGCCGGCUCGACGGCAGAGGCGACUGUUCGAUGAUACCAAAGAGGCUGAGAAGGUGCUGCACUUCCUCGAGUCUCGAAAUAUUGGUCAAAUUGCCGAAUUAACAACACCCACACUUUUCCAUGCGGCUAUUCUCAAGAUACAGGAGGAAAUUGCCCAAGAUGACUUUAAAAUUCCAGCAAUGACCGAACAGAUGGAAAAGAUUGUAGCUCAGUGCUGCAAAUUGUCGCGUGAAAAUUGGCUAAGUCCAGGAAGUCGUCCGUAUGGGAUUCGUAGCAAAAAAUGGCAGAAUCUCCUGUUGGAACUGACCAACAUGGAGUAUCAUGUUCUGGAGGCAAGAAGCUUAAUUGUGAAAGUGUUGGGAUGCGAAAAGAAAGAACUGACAGAAUGGGAGAGAAAUCUUCUGAGUGAACUGCUGAAGGAGCAUGAAUGUGAGCUGAAGAAUGGCUCAAAAGGAGAAGUCUCUAUGCAGAUUCUAGGGCUUUUUGAAGAGUGGAAGAAUAGCAUGAUUGAACAAUUUGGAGAUGGGGAUCAGAUUUUUGGGAAUAAGCCCCUUCCUAAUCCUAUAGAACGACAAUUUAUACUGAGAGUGUCAGGAAAGACACUAGUGAGAGGCAUGGCUGGUCCACAAUUCCUUCGGGCUAUCAUGGGACAGAAUCAAUUCCGUCUCUGCGGUGCUUUCUCACAGGAUACCAAUUUCCUCUGAAUUCAUCUGCAAAUGAUCAGCGAAAGAUUUCCAUAAGAUAUUAACCCAUGAGCAACAUUUAGAAAUGAACUGCACUUAAAGGAAAUCAUUAAAACUUACAGAAAUAAAAUUAUUGGAAAAAUCGAAAAAAAA